AUGUCGGGAGAAGAAGAAGUGGACUAUACCACGUUACCGCUAGAAGAGCGAUUGACGUACAAGUUAUGGAAGGCACGUUUAGAAGCUUAUAAGGAGUUGAACCAGCUCUUUAAAAACUCUGUUGGUGACGUCAGGAGGGAUGAUAACAUACAAAUGUACUGGAGGGACCCCACAUUAUUUGCACAAUAUAUAACCGAUGCUAAUGUGGUCGCUCAAGAGCAAGCCAUCGUUGCCUUGAGUAGUUUAAUAGAUGCCUUUGCGCCAUCGUCUUUGAAAAACUCACAUAAUGUCACUUUAAUAUCAACGUGGACUCCACUGCUUGUAGAAAAGGGCUUAACAUCUUCAAGAGCAACGACAAAGACACAGUCGAUGGACUGUAUAAUCUCACUUUGUGGUCUUGAUACAUCUAUUACGCAAUCUGUGGAACUGGUAAUACCCUUUUUCGAGAAAAAACUACCAAAAUUAAUUGCUGCGGCAGUCAAUUGUAUUUAUGAAUUAAUGGCUGCGUUCGGGCUCACAAAUGUGAACGUUCAAACGUUCCUACCAGAAUUAUUAAAGCAUGUACCUCAACUAGCUGGUCAUGGUGAUAGAAACGUUCGAUCACAAACGAUGAAUUUGAUUGUAGAAAUCUAUAAGAUUACAGGCAACAAUAGCGACUUAUUAGAGGAGAUGCUGUUUAAAAAACUGAAGCCGAUUCAAGUGAAAGAUCUUCAUAAAUUGUUCGCAAAAGUUGGUGACGAGCCACCUUCAUCGAAGAUGUUAUUCCAAUGGGAAAAAAGAGAAUUGGAAAAGAAAAGAAGCCAAGAGGAGGAAGCCAAAAAGAGAAAGUCCAUAUUAUCGAACGAUAAUGGGGAAUAUCGGAUGGAUAGGGACGGAGAUACAUUGAUGGGAAUGGAAACAGAUAUGCCACCAUCAAAGCAGCAAAGUGGAGUUCAAAUAGACACCUUCAGCAUGCUACCAGAAGAAACAAUCCUUGAUAAAUUGCCUAAGGAAUUCCAGGAGAGGAUAACGUCGUCCAAAUGGAAAGAUAGAGUAGAAGUAUUGGAGGAGUUUUGGGAUAACGUUCUAUCGCAGAUUAAGAAGUUAAAAAGCUCUUCGCAAAAUUAUUCCAACUUAUUGGGGAUAUAUGGGCAUAUUAUCCAGAAAGAUGCAAACAUACAAGCUGUUGCACUAGCCGCCCAAUCAGUAGAAUUAAUUUGCGACAAACUAAAAACACCAGGGUUUUCCAAGGAUUAUGUUUCAUUAGUCUUUACUCCCUUGUUAGAUAGGACAAAGGAGAAGAAGCCUUCUGUGAUAGAGGCUAUCAGGAAGGCAUUAUUAACCAUUUGUAAGUAUUACGAUCCACUGGUCUCCAAUGGACGCAAUGAAGAUAUGCUGAAAGAUAUUUUGGAGCAUAUGAAGCACAAGACGCCUCAAAUCAGAAUGGAGUGUACGCAAUUGUUUAAUGCAAGCAUGAAGGAACAAAGGGAUGGAUACUCAACUUUACAAAGAUAUUUAAAGGAUGAAGUGGUACCCAUUGUGGUUCACAUCGUCAACGACACGCAACCUGCUAUAAGAACGAUCGGAUUUGAGAGUUUUGCCAUUCUAAUUAAAAUAUUUGGCAUGAAUACCUUUGCGAAAACACUAGAGCACUUGGAUAAUUUGAAAAGGAAGAAAAUUGAAGAAACGGUCAAAACGCUACCAAAUUUCAGCAUCGCAAGCGGCAGUGGCCAUAGCACUAUUGAAGUGAAUAAACAAACUGGGUCCAUGGAAAACAAAUUUCUUUUGAAAAAAAGUUCCGUGCUUCCAUCAAAGAGGGUAGCAUCUUCACCAUUGAGAAAUGACAACAAAAGUAAAGUGAACCCAAUAGGGUCAAUAGCCUUGGCAGCAAAACCAUCAAUGGUAGCCGGUACCAACAAAUCGAGAGUUUUGUUAACGUCUAAAUCUUUAGCAACGCCAAAAAAUGUAGUAACUAAUAGUAUAGACAAAAAUGAAAAGUUAGUUGAAGAAUAUAAAUACAGAUUGCAAAAACUACAAAACGAUGAAAUGAUAUGGACCAAAGAAAGACAAAGCCUACUGGAAAAGAUGAAUAAUACAGAAAAUUAUAAAAUCGAAAUGAUUAAAGAGAACGAAAUGCUAAGAGAACAACUAAAGGAGGCACAGUCUAAAUUGAACGAAAAGAACAUCCAAUUAAGAUCCAAGGAGAUUGAUGUCAAUAAACUCUCUGAUAGAGUAAUGUCAUUAGAAAACGAGCUUAGAAACAUGGAGAUCGAAUUGGAUAGAAAUAAAAAACGAAAUGACACGAAUUUGCAGUCGAUGGGUACAAUUUCAUCCUACUCCAUACCUUCUUCCACUGUGUCAAGUAACUAUGGAGUAAAAUCAUUAUCCUCUGCGUUGCCAUUUAAAGAGGAGGAAGACGUAAGAAAGAAAGAAGAAGUCAACUAUGAGAGAAGAUCAAGCGAGUCCAUCGGGGACUUGCCCCACCGCGUGAACUCUCUCAACAUACGGCCGUACAGAAAAAGCGGCACUGGAAUCGGUAGUGUCUCCGAUGACUUGGAUCUCGAUUUUAAUGAUAGUUUUGCAUCAGAAGAAAGUUAUAAACGUGCUGCUGCAGUGACAUCUACCCUAAAGGCCAGAAUUGAAAAAAUGAAGGCUAAAUCAAGACGGGAAGGGACAACCAGGACGUAG